AAAUUGCGUGCAGGAGAAGAGCGGCCACGUGGCAGGAACAAGACCUCCAGACUUUGCCACAGUUCGGAAGAAUCCAAACAUCAUCCUCUGUCGUUCACUUGGCUUCAUCGGCUCUCCUCCACAUCAUUUUAUUUUAACUCCACCAGAAUCUUUACGAGACUUGAUAAUAUCCCACGCAUCAACGAAUUCCAUCGUCCGGGAACUAACAAUGCUCAGACUAAACCCGAAUUACCCCCCGAUUCCCAACCCGACAAGGGUCUGUUGCAAUAACAAGCUCGGGAGUUACUACGACACAUCUUCGACCGUCAAAUAUGGCGGAAGUGGUCGGAAGCUGGUCCUGAGCGUGUCCGUCAAGGCUCUGGAGGACGAGGGCAGCGGUGGCGGCAGCACCAGCUUCCCCGGUCAGAGCUGGGAUCCGAGCUCGGAGAUUGAGGUUCCUUCUGAACAAAGACCGGUGAACGAGUACUCGUCUUUGAAGGAUGGGAUUCUGUAUUCGUGGGGUGAGUUGGGUCCGAGUCAGUUUUUCCUCCGACUCGGUGGUCUUUGGUUGGUGACCUUCACUGUCCUUGGAGUUCCCAUCGCAGCCGCUAGCUUUAAUCCUUCUAGAGAACCUCUAAGAUUCAUUCUUGCCGCCGGGACAGGAACACUUUUCUUGGUGUCACUGAUUGUCUUGAGAAUCUACCUGGGAUGGAGUUAUGUCGGAGAUAGACUCCUGUCAGCAGUUGUGCCGUAUGAAGAGAGCGGAUGGUAUGAUGGACAGAUGUGGGUGAAGCCACCAGAGGUGUUGGCUCGUGACAGGUUGUUAGGUUCUUACAAGGUAAAGCCAGUCAUCCAGAUGCUCAAACAAACUCUAGCUGGGACAGGGGCCUUACUCGUUUCUGCAGCCCUCUUAUUCAUUUUUGCGACCCCCGUCGAGGAUUUCUUCAAAAGCGCUCUAUCAGCGAAGGAGAACCUGCCAGAAGUUUCCAUUUCAAGAACUGAGAAGAAGUUCAAUAUAGGAAAAGAGAAACUGCUCAGCCUUCCGGUUGAUGUAGUGACCGACGAUGACCUGGCAGCCGCGGCUGCAGAGGCCGCUGAUGGGAGACCCGUCUACUGCAGAGAUCGAUACUACCGUGCAUUGGCUGGUGGACAAUACUGCAAAUGGGAAGACCUGUUAAUGAAAUAGUGUGAAGAACAUGGCACCGUAUAAGACCAAUGUAUAUGCUGUUUUCAGUUUUGAUCAGAAUGCCUUAGCUCUAUAUCCUGUGGUGUAAUCUCAGAGCCAAUUCACUGUUAGGACUCAGACCUUCAA